AUGGCAACGAUUCCAAUAUUCAAUCCGGCAUUACCAUUCUUAGGCGAAAUUCCUGGCGGGUUGUUUCCGGGAAAAAACCUUUACAUUCGCGGACAGGUAACCAGUGAUGAUAUGUUCAAUAUAAACAUACAAUCGGGUGCGGCAGUAAGCCCGCGUGACGACACACCGCUGCACAUAAGCCUGCGUCCGACUUGUAGGAGUGUCAUAUUUAACAGCUACGUGAACGGGUCAUGGCAACAGGAGGAUCGAGACAACAAGUUUCGAGUUGCUAAAAGCAAACGGUUUGAAAUGCUUAUCAAAGUUAAAAAAUCGCACUACACUAUCAAAAUUGAUGGAAAAAAGAUUUGCAAAUUCAAACACCGUCUUCCGGUAAAUAUGGCCAAGUUCAUUCACGUAGGCCAGGGCGGUGUGAUAGAAUCAAUCACUGAGAAGGUUUGA